AUGACCAGCCCCACCUAGAGGAAUUGUGGGAAGACAUGGCAGCUUCCGGUGUUUGCGGUGGGUGAGUUUCCGUACAGUGCAGUCACUAGUUUUAAAAAGUUUAUAGCGCUUCACAACAUUAUUGUCAGUGUCGCGGUUCUGCCGGUUCGGGAUGGAGGAGAGCGGCAGUGUGGACAGCGUGGAGUCGCUAUGCAGCUCUACAACGACCCGCUCGGACCGUUCGAGUGGCCCCAGACUUUCAGAUGCUGAGCUGCGGUCUAAAGGAAGGGCACUUGAAAAGGUUCAAAAGGACCCCAGAAAAGAUGAACUUCCACUUCUACCACAGGAGAAGAUUCAGGAUGCUGCUAAAGAUGUGACUUAUAUUUGUCCAUUUAUUGGGCCGGUUAGAGGAUCAUUAACCGUCACCAACUACAGACUGUUUUUUAGAUCUACCGACAGGGAGCCAGUGUUUAUACUGGAUCUACCACUGGGGGUUUUAAGCAAAGUAGAGAAGAUCGGAGCAGCGACCAGCAGAGGAGACGUCUCAUUUGGCCUAGUCUGCAAGGAUAUGAGGACCCUGCGUUUUGUGCACAAGGAGCCAGAAGACACACUUAAGAAAUCGGUGUUUGAAGUCUUAAUAAAGUUUGCUUUUCCAGUUUCAAACAACAUGUCACUCUUUGCAUUCGAGUACAAGCAGGUGUUUCCUGAGAAUGGAUGGAGGGUUUAUGAUCCACUGGCUGAAUACAAGAGACAGGGUCUUCCGAAUGAAAGCUGGAGAAUCGCUAAAAUCAAUGAUCACUAUGAGCUGUGUGAUUCCUACCCAGCAGCACUAGUUGUCCCUGUAACCAUCACCGAUGAUGAACUGCAGCGUGUCGCUAGCUUCAGGGCCAAAGGCCGCAUCCCUGUUCUUUCAUGGAUUCACCCAGAGAGUCAGGCCACGGUGGUUCGGUCCAGUCAGCCGAUGGUGGGCCAGAACGGCCGGCGCUGCAAAGAAGAUGAGAAGUUCCUUCAGGCCAUCAUGGAUGCAAAUGCACAAUCACACAAACUUUUCAUAUUUGAUGCCAGACCCAGUGUGAAUGCUGCAGCCAACAAGAUGAAGGGAGGGGGGUUUGAAAGUGAAGAUGCUUAUCAGAACGCCGAACUGGUGUUUUUGGAUAUCCAUAACAUUCAUGUAAUGCGAGAGUCACUGCGGAAACUGAAGGAGGUCGUCUACCCCAACAUUGAGGAAUUGCACUGGCUUUCCAACCUUGAGUCAACCCACUGGCUGGAACAUAUCAAAGUAAUUCUUGCAGGAGCUUUAAGGAUAGCUGAUAAGGUGGAGUCUGGGAAAACCUCAGUGGUGGUUCACUGCAGCGAUGGCUGGGACCGAACGGCUCAGCUCACCUCACUGGCCCUGAUAAUGCUGGACUCAUAUUACAGAACCAUUCGGGGCUUUCAGAUACUGCUGGAGAAAGAGUGGGUCAGCUUUGGGCAUCGUUUCCAACAGAGACUUGGUCAUGGUGAUAAGAAUCACACAGAUGCUGAUCGCUCCCCAGUCUUUGUGCAGUUUCUUGACUGCGUCUGGCAGAUGACCAGACAGUUUCCUGCAGCUUUUGAGUUUAAUGAGUAUUUCCUUAUUACAAUACUGGAUCACCUCUACAGCUGCCUUUUUGGGACAUUUCUGUGUAACAGCGAGCAGCAGAGGCACAAAGAGGAAGUGCCAAAGCGCACUGUGUCACUUUGGUCAUUAGUGAACAGUCAGCUGGAGGAGUUUGUGAAUCCACUGUAUGUGCACUACCCUUCCCAUGUCCUUUUCCCCACUGUCGGUAUCCGACAUCUCCAGCUCUGGGUCUCUUACUACAUCCGCUGGAACCCUCGUAUGCGGCCACAGGAGCCAGUCCAUCAACGCUGCAAGGAGCUGCUAGUCAAACGAGCAGAACUUCAGAAGAGGAUGGAAGAGCUACAGCGCGAGGCAACCAAUCGCACGGCUUCUUCAUCCUCUGAGAGGGCCGGGUCUCCUACUCGCUCCAUCACGCCUGUGCAAACCUUUGUAUGAGCACUCCAGAACUACUCUAGAUCUCCAUGCACUGUGUAAGAGUGUCACACGGUUUCUUAUAUUACUUGCGGUGACCAACGACUGAUGGUAAUCCACACACUAACAUUCACUUUGCUGCUACCAGCUGGCUGGAUGGAGAAAGCUUUUAAUCACUAAACUGCUUGAAACUGGUAUUAUAUUAAUACAUUUAUUAGGACUGGGGAGGGAUUAAUACAUGUUAGAAAUACAUUAGGGCUUAUAUUGUAUGCUGAGCGUUGUAAACCUGAAGGAAGUUGGGGCAAGUCCUUACAGCUUGAGGGUUUUAAAUGCAGAUGACUUUACUUGAAAUUCCAAUCAAUUAUUGGGCUCAUUUAUAUUGACACUAUCCUUAUUGUAUAAAGAGAGAUACAGACACAUUCAUUUCAUAUUAACCAUAAUCUACCUUUUACUUACAGAUUAACAACACUGACAAAUAAUGCGUGUUGUUGAUACUAAUUUAGUUUUGUAUGCUACAGGAGUUAACCGCAAUAAAACACCUGCAGUAUCUUGCCAAUG